AUGCCUCACGCCUCUUGGACCCCCGGACACGACGGCAGCAUUGCUAUCGUUGGCUUGUCUUGUCGAUUCCCUGGUGAUGCUUCGACUCCUACAAAGUUCUGGGAACUUUUGAAGAACGCUAAGAAUGCCUUCACAGAGACGACAGACCGGUACAACGCAGACGCGUUCUACCACCCACGGAGCGGUAGCGUCCAGAAUGUGAUACCCACGAAGGGUGGUUACUUCCUGAAGGAGGACCUGUAUGAAUGGGAUGCGGCAUUCUUUAACAUCACAGCAGCUGAGGCGAUGGCACUGGAUCCUCGACAGCGAAUCGCCAUGGAAGUGACCUACGAAGCUCUCGAAAAUGCCGGCAUGCCACUUCAGAAAGUAUCCGGCUCUCAGACGGCUUGCUACAUGGGCUCCUCGAUGAGUGAUUACCGAGAUUCGGUAUCUCGAGACUUUCAGAAUUAUCCCAAGUACCACAUUCUGGGCAUGAGCGACGAAAUGAUCGCCAACCGAAUAUCUCAUUUCUUGAAUAUCCACGGCCCAAGCGCCACUGUUCAAACGGCUUGCUCUUCGAGUCUGGUAUCAACACACAUCGCCUGUCAGAGCUUACGGUCGGGAGAAUCAGACAUGGCCAUUGCUGGCGGCGUUGGCUUGAUUCUUGGUACAGAGGGCACUUCACAUCUUAACAAUUUAGGGUUUCUCAACCCAGCAGGACACAGCCGCUCAUUCGACGCAGACGCUGGCGGGUACGGUCGUGGCGAGGGCUGUGGUGUCCUGAUCCUGAAGCGGCUGGAGACAGCCAUUCAAGACGGGGAUAAUAUCCGAGCCGUGAUACGUGCCAGCGGUGUCAACUCGGAUGGCUGGACACCUGGUGUGACAAUGCCCUCUCUCCUAGCCCAAGCAGCACUCAUCAAAAAGGUCUAUGAGAGCAGUGAGCUGGACUACGGAUUGACGCAGUACGUCGAAGCGCACGGUACUGGAACCAAGGCUGGUGAUCCAAUAGAGACCAGCGCAAUCCAUCAGACCAUUGGCCAGAGCAAAUGGCGGAAAAAACUCUAUGUCGGGUCCGUGAAGCCCAAUAUUGGGCAUCUGGAAGCGGCGGCGGGGGUCGCCAGCAUCAUUAAAGGAGUGCUGGCUCUAGAGCACGGCAUGAUCCCACCGAAUCUCAACUUCACGAAGCCCAAUCCAGCUAUCCCGCUGGACGAAUGGAAUAUGGUCGUGCCCACCAGACUGACGCCAUGGCCUGCUGCUCAGACCAAGCGAAUGAGCAUCAGUGGAUUUGGUAUGGGUGGUACCAAUGCUCACAUUGUCCUUGAUGGCUACAACCUUCCAGCCAAAACUACCAACGGCGUUCCAGCCAGUCGCAAAAGCGCUUCUAAGCGUCUCUUCCUCCUUAGCAGCCAAGAUAAAGCUGGCUUCCAACGAGUGGGUCAGUCCCUCUCCGAAUAUCUCGGCAACCUCGGCGCAGCAGCUUCAAGCCCCGCCUACCUCUCUAACCUGGCAUACACUCUCGCGAAAGCCCGUUCCGGCCUUGCAUGGCGAGACGCAAUGAUCGCCGAGAACGCCGCCGAGCUGCGUGAGCACCUGACUAGGUCUUUGGGCGAAGGUGCCGUGCGCGCUCCGAACAGCGCUCCAAGGAUCGGAUUCGUGUUCACUGGCCAAGGGGCGCAGUGGGCGCGCAUGGGGAUCGAGUUGAUGGAUAGGUCGGUGUUUAGCGCUUCUAUUGCACGGUCCGCUCAAUACUUGAGGGAUCUAGGCUGCGACUGGGACCCUGUAAACGAACUCUCCGCAUUCGAGAAAGACUCUCGCCUCGGCGUGCCGUUGAUAAGCCAACCCAUCUGCACCGUUCUCCAAGUCGCGCUCGUCGACGAGCUGCGCAGCUGGGGUGUCACACCAUCGAAGGUUGUGGGCCACUCCAGCGGUGAGAUCGCCGCUGCAUACACCUUGGGCGCUCUAUCGCACCGAGACGCAGUAGCAGCUGCAUAUUAUCGCGGAACUGUAUCUAGUACUCCUAAACUGGCCGCGAAGAACGGCGGGAUGAUGGCCGUUGGCUGCUCACCUGACGAAGCGACGGCGUUGAUGGAGGAGAACAACUUAUCUGCUACUGUCGCUUGUGUGAAUUCCCCUUCCAGCGUCACCUUGUCAGGCGACGUCAAGACCUUGGAAGCUAUCAAAGCGAUCCUUAACUUACGCGGAACCUUCGCCAGAAGAUUGAAAGUUGGAGUCGCCUACCAUUCCUCACAUAUGCACUCUGUCUCCAUGGACUACUACGCCGCCAUCGCCGAAGUCGGUCAAGACGACAUCUUGUCAGACCUCCAGCAGCAGCGAGAGAGCGUCUCCAUGGUAUCCAGCGUCAGCGGCCAUGAAGUUGAUGCUAGUGAUCUGGGACCAUACUACUGGGUACAAAACCUCAUCUCCCCCGUCCUCUUCGCAGAUGCCGUCAAGGAGCUGGUCGUACCAGCCAACUCUAACGGGGAGAAGACGGUAGAUCUGCUCAUUGAGGUUGGCCCACACAGCGCCCUCGGCGGCCCUAUCGAGCAGACCCUGCGCUCAAUUACAGGUGUCCAUUAUACAUCGAUGCUAGUCCGCAACCAGAGCGCACUAGAUACCAGCAUGGCUCUCGCUGCGGAGCUGUUCCGGCAUGGCGUCUCGUUUGAUGUUGCCAAAGUGAAUGCGGAUGCAAAUUGCAAGUUGUUGACAGAUCUGCCUCCGUACGCAUGGAAUCAUUCGCAAAAAUUCAGCGCGAUCGGUCGCAUGCAACGGGAGCAGUACACGCAACAGUUCCCGACGAGAAGUUUGCUUGGUGCUAUGAUGCCGACUAUGGACGAGCGAGAGCGAGUCUGGCGUAGCUUCAUUCGCCUCAAUGACGAACCCUGGCUGAGGGGCCAUAUGGUUGGGUCAACGGUGCUGUUUUCUGCUGCGGGCAUGGUGAGCAUUGCGCUGGAGGCUGCACAGCAGGUGGUCGAGGCGCAUAAAACUCCUCUGUCUUUUAAGUUGAGGGAUGUCUCCUUCGUGGCAGCUAUGGCCUUAACCGAGGAUAUGGCGACUGAGACGGUGGUGCACAUGCGCCCGCACCUCCUCGCUACUACCGGUAAUCCCCAGUCUUUUUGGUGGGAGUUCAGCCUCUCCUCUUGCGCUGGACCCGCAGGCCAACUUCGAGAGAAUUGCCGGGGCCUCAUCAGUGUCAUCUACGGAGAAAGCAGAAGCACCUACAUGGCGCACGAAGACGCUCAGACCGAAGCCAUCCGCAUUGCUGACUAUCGCGCAGUUCUCAAAGAAUUGCCCGAGAACUAUAGCAAGGAGUCUUUCUACAACAUCUUUGCCAAGUCUGGCUUCCCGUACGGUGAAAUAUUCCAAGGCGUUGAAACAUGCCAUCCUGGUGUGGGCAAAACCUGCUACGAGGUAAAAGUCGUUGAUAUUGGUGAAACGUUUACCAGAGGAAAGCUCGAGCGGCCAUUCCUCAUCCACGCUGCCACUCUUGAUAGUAUGUGGCAAGGGUGGCUGGGAAGCACGCAGGACUACGCCGCCCCCGGCGACCUAGGCACUGAGAAGCCAUUGGUGCCGACAUCAAUUGGCGAGCUCGAGGUGUCGAUGGCAAUGCCCGGCGACAUUGGAUACUCGAUACCAGGGAUUUGCCGCUCGCGGCGCCGUGGUUUCGAUGAGUUCUCCGCAAAUAUCAGUAUGUUUGACAAGGACCUCUCGAAAGUUGUCGUGUCUGUUUCCAAUUUGCACCUGUCACCACUGGAAACAGAAUCUGGAGCCGAAGCUGGCGCUGCUGCCGUUGUCGACCCAGCUGAAAUAGCUUCUGAGGUUCGCUGGAACUAUCCGUUGGAUGCCAUGGUACCCGAGGAAAUCGAGCAGGCUUUGCUUAGCACGGAUUCCGCCACUCCCAAUGCCAGGCUUCUUCAACUCAUCCAGAUGGUCAUCCACCAGCACCCAGCGGCCAAGGUAAUCGAGCUGGUACAUUCCUCCAAGGACCUUCCUUACACAGCCAUGUCCAAGCUCCUCGAGGGUGUCAUUCACCACACUCAAGUUCAAUAUGCCGUGGCUGAAGGCGAAGGCUCUAUAAGUGACGAGGUUUUCGGCCAGCCAUUCGCCCUGGGACCCCUGGAUGCUCCACUACCUUCAGACAUAACACCCGCAGAUCUCUUCGUCGUCCCCUACGACCUCAGCCUGAAGUUCAAGAGAAAUCUAAACAGCUACGUGGAGCGGCUUGUCCGCAUGGCAAAGCCGGGGGCCAUGAUUGCCAUUGCGAUCCCAGCAGCCGUACCUGCACAGGAUACGAAAUCGCUUAACCUCAAAGCGAACGGUUUCGAUCUUGUUUCUUCCACACAAGCAAACGGGGAAAUCUUGACGUUCUACAAACAAGCAGGUGAGAAGCAAAUUAACAGUUUGCUUGCCAAUGGCACGCACCAGGAGGACGAGGUCGUCAUCCUUCCGGCUGAGUCUUCGAAGGGCUCGCAGUCAUUUGCAAACAAGCUGCAAGACAUGCUCCAUGUCCAAGGCUAUGGUGUCACGAUCGAAAAGGGAACUCCCGAGAUCGAAUCCGGGGAUGAGAAGUCAUACAUCUGCUUGCUGGAGCUCGAGAAGCCAUUCCUGGAAAAUCUCACCGAGGCCGACUUCCUGGGCAUCCGGAAGCUGAUGCUGAGAGCCAGGCGACUCCUCUGGGUCACAUGCGGCGACAGUCCGUCCCUCAACAUGGUGGACGGCCUCGCAAGAUGUGUCAAUACGGAGGCAGCAGCCUCCAACUUCCAGGUAUUACACCUGAGCCGCCAAGGAGAGAAAUCUGGCCCGUCCCUAGUGACACGCAUUCUCACGUCUUCAAAUCAGUCCGCGGAUAAAGAGUUCCGCGAGGUUGGCGGUCUUCUACAGGUUCCAAGGGUGUAUGAGGCUCCUGAAGAGAACCAGCAGAUCCGUAAUCAUCUUCAGGAUUCGGUUCAGAACAUCAGUCUCAGUGAUGAUAGCGCAGCCUUUCGUCUCGUCAUCGGCAAGCCUGGUCUUUUGGGCAGUCUAAAUUUCGUUCGCGAUGAGAGUCUGUUGGCCGAGCCGCUUGGUGAUGACGAGCUUGAACUGGAUGUCAAGGCGGCCGGCGUCAAUUUCCGGGAUAUUAUGGCUUGCAUGGGUCUCGUCGCUGUCCCUGGUCUUGGCGUGGAAGCCAGCGGCGUUGUUUUGAAGGCGGGCAAGAACGCGAGCAAGACGUUCCAGCCUGGUGACCGCGUGAGCACGUUAUCGUUGGGCGGGGCCCACGCAACGAGGACUCGAUGCGACUACAGAGUCACAGCAGCGGUCCCAGACACGAUGUCGUUUGAAGAGGCCGCUGGUGCGCCCACGGCACAUGCCACCGCUUACUUCGCCCUCGUCCGGCUGGCUAGAUGCCGCGAAGGCCAGUCUGUCUUGAUCCACGCAGCAACAGGAGGCGUGGGACAGGCAGCAAUACAGCUGGCACGACAUCUUGGUUUGAUCAUCUACGCCACCGUUGGUACGGACGACAAGCGCCAGCUGCUCAAGGAGCAGUAUGGCAUUCCCGAUGAGCAUAUCUUCCACUCGCGCGACAGCAGCUUCGCCAAGGGCGUCCAGCGAGUGACAGGUGGGCGCGGUGUCGAUUGCGUCCUCAACUCCUUGUCUGGUGAACUUCUUCGUGUCUCGUGGACGUGCCUUGCGCCAUUUGGAACCUUUGUCGAGAUCGGCACGCGCGAUAUCACGGACAACAUGCGCCUCGACAUGCGACCCUUCGCCAAGCUCGCCACUUUUACUUCCUUCGACAUUGCCACUACCAUCGAGGAAGAUCCGGCUGCGCUGGGAGAGGCACUCCAAAGUGCCUUCCAGCUACUGCGGCAAGGGAAGCUCCACGUGCCGAAGCCAUUGACUGUAUACCCUUGUGGCCAAGCCGAGAGUGUCUUCCGGACCGUGCAGCAGGGCAAGCAUCGUGGCAAGUUCGUGCUGUCUUUCAGUGGUGAGAGCAAGAUGAAGGCGCCCGUCAUGUGCAAGGCCAAAGAUUCGUUGCGGCUGGACCCCGGAGUCACUUAUCUUAUUGUUGGCGGCUUGGGAGGUCUGGGCCGCAGUCUGGCGAAGGAAUUCGUCGCUUCUGGAGCUCGUCACAUCGCUUUCCUGUCAAGGUCUGGUGACUCCAAGCCCGAGGCGAAGGCUACGGUCGACCAGCUGGAACAACUCGGCGCAAGUGUCAAGGUGCUCCGUGGCGAUGUCGCUGACCAGACGGCGUUUCACAGAGCUAUGGCGGAGUGUGCACAGGAGUUUCCACCCAUCAAAGGCGUCAUCCAAAUGGCUAUGGUACUCCGGGACACGUUGAUAGAGAACAUGUCGUACGAGGAUUGGAAGAUUCCCGUCGAGCCGAAGGUCCGGGGGACGUGGAACCUGCACCAAUACUUCAACCACGAGCGGCCGCUUGAUUUCAUGAUCUUCUGCUCUUCCUUUACCGGGAUCGUGGGAAAUGCAGGCCAGGCACAGUAUGUUGCGGGUAACACGUAUCAAGACGCUCUCGCUAUUUACCGGCGUGCGCAUGGUUUAAAGGCGGUGUCUAUAGAUUUAGGUGUCAUGAUGGAAGUUGGGGUUAUUCAAGAGGGGGCCGGUCACAAUUUCAAGCAAUGGGAAGAAGUCCUGGGCAUACGCGAGUCAACUUUCAGUGCGCUGAUGAAGAGCCUGAUCAACGGACAACAAAACAGGCGAAGCACCGAAAGAGAAUGCCCGCCGCACCUGACUGUUGGCCUAGGAACUGGCGACAUCAUUGCCGCUCACGGCUUGCCACCCCCUCGAUGGUUCCAAGAUGUGCGGUUUGGACCAUUGGCGGUCGUGAGUAACUUGUCUUCGCCUACAUCAGGCGGUGAAGAUAAGGGCGCUGGCGCUCCACUGGCCACACAACUUGCUGCAGCCGCGCAGGACAAGGACUUUGCCGCCGCAGCCACCAUCAUCACCGGCGCGUUGGCGGCGAAGCUUGCAGAGAUCCUGCGCAUUCCUCUGUCCGAGAUCGAUUCCAGCCGACCUCUGUACUCCUACGGGGUCGACUCGCUUGUGGCGCUCGAGGUACGAAACUGGAUCACACGAGAGAUCAAGGCCAACACGGCCUUGCUGGAUAUCCUGGCGGCGGUGCCAAUAGAGACAUUUGCGUCUCAGAUUGCGCAGAAAAGCAAGCUUGUCGUCGGCUAG